UUAUAAACAGUCGUUCAGUCGGUUGGUAACUGUUGCAUACAUCGCUUCGGUCGCUCUAAACUCUCACAGUCCGGACGGUUCGUCGUUUUCGUUCGGCUUCUCGAAGCAUUCGUCAGAUACGCUCGGGUCAGACACACAUACAGAUACAGAUACAAGACAGACACAGAUACGCUCGUAGCCGGCCCUCUAAGCGCUUGCCGAAGUCAUUUCCCUCACAACGUCAUCGCGGCGGUUGCGUGUAGCAGUGUGCGUGUACCAGUGGUUAUCACUGUACCAUAAUCUCGAAUUAGUUGGCAGCACACCUUCAGAUUGCAAAGAUCCGACUACGACGGUGGCGAUCUGAGAUCUGAGAUAAGUGAGAACCGAUACUAACUAACGCAGUGAAAUCUUACUGGGAGUUCAAUAAACCACAGUGCGCGCUAAAAUUCACACACCCACAACCCACACAAACACACACUAACCUCGAAACACACCCGUUGGCGACAUAAAAAAUAAACCAGAGCCUCAACGGCCGUAAAGUGCUGCAGAGAAGUACUCGCCACCUCCACCACUCCGCCCGCCAGUUUAUUUUAUGCAUGAAAAGCUAAAGCAAGUGCAACCACAACACAAAAAAGCUAGCUUCUCGGCACCACGCUCCUCCUCGACUAAGCCCUUUGCCAAAUAACGCGGGAGUGACAAAAUAAAGCAAUAACCCAGCAAAAAAAAUAAACUUGGGAUUACAGGAACACACAUAAGGAAGCCAAAGGAAGUCGAGCAGCAGAACACCAUGACACGGAUCGUUUUUGUAUUUCUCGCAGCCAUCUUAGCAGAUGCGCUCACCUGGGCCCAGGUGAAUGUGGAACCCAACACAGCGCUCCUCAACGAGGGCGAUCGCACCGAGCUGCUCUGCAGGUACGGGCGCGCCAUCAACUACUGCCGCAUCGAGAUCCCCGGCGAGCAGCGCGUCCUCAACCUGUCCCCGGAAUGGAGCAAGACGCCCGGGUUCACAUACUUCGGCUCUGGCCUGAACGCCGGACAGUGCGGCGUGAGCAUCGAGCGGGUCAAGGGCAUCAACAACGGUCAGGUCAAGUGCAGUCUGGGCGUCGAGGGUGAGGAGCUGUCGGGCACCAUUGACUUGGUGGUGGCAUUGCGUCCUCAUCAGCCAAUUAUCGAACUAAUCAGCAAGCCCAAUCGCGAUGGCUUCUUUAUCGAGGGUACUCCGUUCCAGGGCCGCUGCAGCGUCCGCGAUGGCCGCCCACCGGCGAACAUCUCCUGGUACAUCGACAACAUGCCCGCCAACAAGCGCACCAGCGAGCUGGAGAUCAUCACGAACAACGUCAACAACGUGGAGCUGUCCACCUCCGUCCAGGAAAUCCAAUGGACUCUCUCCGCCGAGGACAGCAACAGGAAGCUGGUCUGCCGCUCGCACCACCAAACCGAUCGGGAGAGCGUUCCGCCCCAGGAGGCCGCCUAUAUCAUCAACGUUCGAUAUGCCCCCGUCCACCAGUUUGAGGAAGCCUUGGUCUACGGCCUGUAUCUGGACCACACUGCCAUCGUGAACAUUACCAUCCGGGCCAGCCCGCAGCCCAAAAUCGAGUGGACCAUCGACGGAACCGUCAUCGGACAGGGUCGCAGCGACGGGCGGUACUCGGUCUACGAGCCACAGUACCUGGGCAACGACGAGUACAACGUGACCCUGGCCAUUGCCGGACUGACGCUGGAGGACACCACGAAGACCUACACCCUGAAGGCCUCCAACGAGCUGGGCGCCACCGAAUACAAGGUGCGCAUUAGCUCGUCGAGCAAGCCGCCCAGCAGCAACCUGGAUGUUGCCGCCAUUGUUGGCAUCGUUGUGGCAGUCGCCGUACUGGUCCUGGUCGUCCUGCUGAUUCUGUUUGCUCGUGCCACCGGCCGGUGGUGUUUCGGCGGAAAAUCCAUCAAGACGCCCACAAAUGAAACUCAGAUCGACAAGCAGCUCGAGCUGGGCAGCCACCAGGAGAACCAUGGCCAGAAUGUGGCUCUUCUGGAGACCCCUAAUGGCAUUACGUUGUUGGGCGCCAGUAAACUGCGCGAGGCGAAUGGCAAUGGCAAUGGCACCGGAAACGGAAAUGGAAACGGAAGCGUUCGGGACAGUCUUUCGGUGGAGAGACGUAAUCACGACGAAGACGAUAGCUUCGAGUAUGGCACCGAUCGGGAGAGCAGUGUCUAUAACCCCACGACUCGUCCUCUGAAGAGUGUCCUGAUGAGUCAGGCGGGGGGACGCAAUUCCCGCAGCUCGACGACCAGCGACAAGGAAGACGGAAACGAGAACGCGGACCUCCUGCAGAAAGGAAACCAACUGGGCAUCCCCGAGUCUCGAUUUUCGCGCUGGCUACCCAAGGAUCAGCGGGAGCUAAUCGAGAAGCAGGCGAUGCUCCUGUCCGGCCGGACCGCCAAGGCGCCGGCGACCCCACCGAAGCCCCAGAAACCACAAGUGACGGCGGCAACUACGAAUGUCACGCAGACGAGCACCAACACAGCGCCGACGCGGCUAAAGCUGCCACAGGAAACGGAAAUCUGAGCGUGUGUGCACGUGUGUGUGUAUGCGCGUGUGGCGCUCAUAUUUAUUUAUUCCUUUUUUUGGGUACAGGAAGCUGCAGAAUUAGGGCCGGAGCGUUUCAGGCAUUUGGGAAGUGAGAGAGACUGCCAGCAGCCACCUAAGUUUAAGAAGAAUUUAAUGUGAAAUAUUACUAAAAACAACACAAUAUCUGACAAAAGAUUAACUCAAAAACGUUGAAAUAAUAUUUAAUUCAUAACCCAUUGUUAAGGCUGAAGGUGAAGUCUCUUGCAACCCAAUUAGCCUCAGAAACAGACUCCAAAUUAGGUUUUAAGCCACAACUCAUGAAAGUUUCCUCCUCCCACAACGAAAACAAAAACCAAACAUACUAUGCAAGCGUAACUAUGCAACUGAUUCAUAUAUUUGAGAUUGUUGUCGGCAUGAAAUUAAGUUUUAUCGAAUACGUAUUAGUGGAGAGCGUUUGCAUGGCAAGCAUGAAACGAAAUAUUUAUUGUAGUCACUGUAGAACAAGUCAUCAAGUCGAACAUGCGCAACAUAAAGUGUUCAUCCUUUCAGUGCACACUGUACUUUACGAUUUAAGAGCUAUUUUCCUUAGUUUUCGUUUUACGAUCGACUCGAUUUAAGUUUUGUUCAAGUGCAGUCUGCAGACUCAAAAAUAAAUCAAAUGUUGUUUAAAAACAAACUAAAACAAUACCGACAUACCGUAGUUAGGAUCUUUUGAUACAAGUUGUUUUUCCUUUAUUACUUUACAAAACUUAUGUUUAAUAUUUAAUUAACAAGAAUAAAAAACCCGGUUCGCAUUGGGAUGAGUUUUCUUUUA